AUGGAGAACCCGGAGGAAGCCGAGGUGGAUAUUGACACGCUCAUUGAUGAGAUGGACUAUAUCCCCGGUCACUUCCACCUGGAGAUGAACCUGAACUUCGAGCCCUGCUCCCCUGUGAAUUUCAGAGGGAGGGACAUGAAGCUUAAGCGAGACAGCCUGAUGUAUGAGCUAGAGCUUGAGUCUGGCUCCCAGCAAUUCGCCGUCAGGAACCUGCUCGGGGUCUUCUCCUUCCACCUGGAGGAGAUGGAGCAAGCCAAGGAGAUCUUCCUGAGCAUCUCCCAGGAGGACCCCGACAACCUCAAUGCCUGGGCCAACCUGGCCUACGUGUACGACAGGCUGGACAGCGAGCAGGAAGAGGCUGACUGCACCAAGAAACUAGCCCACUUAAUGGGCCUGGGCUCGGAAGACGAGUCUCAGGGGGAUCCCAGGCUCCGAGCAGCCCGCUGUCUGGCAGAGCAGGGCUACGCUUACGUCUUUGACAUUGGGCUUGUGGAUGAAGAAGACCGAAUGGAGAAACUGACGGCCGGACUCGUGCUCUAUGACAAGGCUCUUGCUUAUGGGCAGCAGAUCCCCCUGGAGGAGAAAAGAAGCUGGUACUUCACUAUGGCCACUCUGUACAUCAGAUUAGAUGGGAUCCUGAUGAACAAGGGAAAUGAUGAGCAGAAGCGGCUGCCCUCCUUUAACAGAACGCUGGCUCUGCUUCGACAAGUGACCAAGUCCUCGAAUUCUCACUACAGAGCUCUGGCCUGGUGCUACCUCGGGAUGCUGCUGGAAAGGAAAGAGACGUUUUCCACCACCCCGAUGGGGAUCCAUGACUAUGGUUACUCUGGGACUGGGCCACUUGAUUGCUUUGGCAAGGCAAUAGAAAUAGCUAAAGACAAUCCUCCCACACUAAACCGACUGGCAAAAAUUUUCCACUUCUUGGGCAAGCAAGAAAUGGCUAUGGGAAUCUGCAAUAUGGCGCUAGAUGUCCUACAAGAUCCAGAGCUCAACUGGCAGGCCUACUGCACGCGGGCCAAGAUCCGCAUUAAGCUCUAUCUGCGCGAUCUGGAACGUGCAAAGAUGGGUUUGGGAGGCAUGCCAGACAGGAAAAAUCUCACCAGAGCUAAAGAGGACCUUGAAAGCGUUGUAAAGGUUUGUCCGUGCUUGAAGACAUACCUGGACAUAGGCCAGGUCUACUAUUAUAUGGGCGUUGAUGCCAUGCAGGAACUAUUCCCAGUGGACGAGACGGCACUGGACAAUGCCUUGGAGUUCUUUGCGAAAGCCAUGGAGUUUGACCUGGGAGAUACACUACCGGAAAUACAGCUGCUCAGGGGGAAAUGCCUGCGGCUUAAAAAUGAGGAGUCCAAUGCCAUUGGGUGCUUCAAGCGAGCCAUAGAACUGGACGAUGUAGGCUCCACCUACACAGAGAGUUUCCGGUGCCUGAUGGAGACGCUCCUUAUACUGUUCAGUCAGAAAAGGGUGAAUGCUGAGAUGCUGAUGCAGGAGGUGGAAUUGUGGGUCAAGAAGGCUGAGGAGAAAUACACAAAGCAACGUGUCCGCCAGGAGCUGAGACUGGUGUGUCGCAAUCACACAACAGAGGUGAUCGAGCUCUCCAAAGCUAUGGUCACCAGAGGGAAUACCGAGCUGGUGAAGAUGCUGUUUGAGACAAUAAAGACUGACUUUUCCAAGCCCAAACUAAAUGAGCGAUCACUCUCCUUCUGAACAACCGACAUUGGACUCACGUCAUGCAGCACAAUUGCCUUCUGGCUGAUACUGUCUGAACGCACCUAGUUCUCUCAGAUCUCAUCAAACAGGCAGUAGUCAAUAAGCUAACCAUUUAACUCUUCUCCGCAGAUCUCUGAGCAGUGUGCAGAAGUGGCCAGGUAUUACUGUCUCUGUUUCACAAAUGGAGAAAUUGAGGGACAGACCAAAUAAUGAAAAGUGAUCAAAGCUGUGAGUGCUCAACCCCUCGGAAAAUCAGGCUCCAGGUUUCUCAGGCUGGACCUGGUCUGAAAUGUGCUCAAGGCCACACAGCAAGUUACUGGCAAAGCUGGAAGUAGAAUCCAGAUCUCUUGCUUCCCAGAC